ACGUGCACCUUUGACAACUACGUUUACUGUAAUGUCGUGACUGAGUAUUAACUCACGUUGAGGUUGUUACGUGCGGUGAUAGUUGUGAUUGUGAGCAGUCGCAGUGGAGUCUGUUGGCGAGCAGUUUUUACUACUUUAAUGAAUCGUCAAGCCGGAGGGAGAAUGGCAGGCCUGUGGAGAUCUUACCAAGUCUUGAUGACCAAAUACCCCUGGACAGUCCAGUUAGUGACCGCUGGGUCUCUGGUGGGUGUCGGUGAUGUCAUCUCCCAACAGCUGAUCGAGCGGAGAGGAUUGGCUCAUCACAACGUGCCGCGCACGGCCAAGAUGAUCAGCAUUGGCUUCUUCUUUGUGGGUCCGGUGAUCGGCAGCUGGUACAAAGUUUUGGACCGGCUGGUGGUUGGAGGAACGAAAAGCGUCGCCAUGAAGAAAAUGCUGGUUGACCAGUUGUGCUUCGCCCCGUGCUUCCUGGGAGCUUUCCUCGGCAUCUCCGGUGCUCUGAACGGACUGACGGUGGAGGAGAACGUCACCAAGCUCAAGAGGGACUACACGGAUGCCCUGAUAUCGAAUUACUACCUGUGGCCUGCGGUCCAGAUCGCCAAUUUCUACUUCAUCCCACUCCAAUACAGGUUGGCCGCCGUCCAGCUGGUUGCUGUUUCGUGGAACUCCUACCUGACCUGGAAGGCCAAUAAGAUGUGAGCAAUCAUCGCAAGUCCGGCCUGUCUUCUUGAUCAUGAUGAUGAUGAUGAUUUUACACUCAUUUGUAGUGGUUGUGUGUGUGAAGCGGACCGUUCUGGUCUAACUGACUCCGUCUGAUGUUUGCAACGUGUAAAACUGACUCAGUAACUCAUAACGGUCGAGGGAAGUGUGUUCACACGGGAAAGUCAAACCUGCACUGUGAACGUUUGUUAUUUAUGGAAAUAGGAUUUGGCAACGGUGAUUCAUGUGGCCACACACACACACACACACACACACACACACACACACACACACACACACACACACACACACACACACAGUGGUUGCAAAGGCAACUUUUGUUAUUGUUACAAUUUGUAAGACUGUAUUUUUAUUGACAAACUUAGUUUGCUUUUUUUAACUUCUGUUUUCCUCCAUUUCCCAAUAACGUUCUCCAGGAAAGGGAGAGCAACCUGUCUGUGUGUUUCUUAAUGUACAGGAAGCUGUUUGUGCAAAAGUAGCAAUGAAUUAUGUCCCGUUGAAAAUAAUGUGGGAAAAAAUAAUCAUCAAAUCAUGGCUCUGGAAAGAUGUUCCUGUUACGGCCGCACGAUGUGAGGAACGCCAGCGAUUACUUUGUUGUGUAACGCAAUACUUUAUAUAAGUAACAACAGACAUUAAAGUGUACUCUGUUCUGCCUUUCCGCUGCUAUUGCUUAUUGAAAUUCAAAUAAAAAAAAUAUUUCCAACA